AAUCAAUUGAAUGGAAAAAAAUAAAAUCAAACACUUUCUUAUGAAUAGAUGAGUUUACUACGUAGAUUUUUUGGAAGUUAAGGACGAAAAAAUUAAUUUUAUGUCCAUAAAGUUUGUGAAUUUUCAAUUAUCUCGACGACGGUGCAAAAAGGAAUUGGAUUUUUAAUUUAAGUGAAAUUUUAUUUUUUUUUGUUGAAAUGAGCGCUCAUGGUGCUGCAUGGUUUGCUCAUCGACUCGAUUCAUGGUCAAAGAUUGCUCGAGAAAAAGUGAAACGUGCUGCUGAUUUGAACAAUGAAUCGCCAACGAAUACAUCUUCAGAUGAUGGAUCUCCGUCUGCGAUAUCGAUUCAAAAGGACUGUUCUAGGGAUGCUGCGAAAUCUGCAAGUUCGUCAUUUGAGGAACCUUAUGGAAAAGGAUCUCCAUUGUCAUCAUCUCCAUCUCCAUCAAUCGUCCUUCAACAUCAAAGCAAAUCAUUUCCACCAAGACAUUUAGCGCGAACAUCCAGUAUUUCUAGCGAGAGUAGCGUUGAAAAUUUACAUCAAACAAGAGGUUCAUCACCACAAAUUCGAUUUUCUGAUGCUCGAGGUCAUCAUACUUCAUUACAAGAAGAUGGAAAAUUCAUUUAUUCUCGCUCACCUAGUCCAAUGAGAGAUUUAAGAUGUUUAAGUUUAGAUGCACGCUCGAUGUCGCCGUCAAGCGCAGAACAUGAGAAACUUAAAGUGUCAAGUCCGUCGCAAGCCAAUUUAUUCUCACCAUCAGCGCUGUUUCAAUCAUGCUCAUCGCCAAAAAUUAAUCGCCCUCCAUUACUUCUACAACCGCGAAAUGAUCCAUGUAGUUCUAAUAAUCCUGCUCCACCUAGUCCAUUAGGUGCUUUACAACUAGAUCUUUAUACACGACAACUCGGUCCAAUAAUGUACAAUGCUCCGGAGAACAGUAUUUGUGUAGGAAAACUUCAUUUACGUGUUACAUAUGACUCAAAAUGUAGCGAUCUUGCUGUUCAUUUAAUUGAAGCUCAUAAUUUGUCUCCAUCUGAUGAAAAUGGAUUUCGAGAGGUGUACGUACGUUUAGAGAUUAAGCCCGAAAUUGACCAGCGAAAAAGGGAAACAAAUAUCUUUCGAUUCGAGACAAAUCCGUACUUUAAUCAGCACUUUAAAUUUCCUAUCUCACGUGACCAACUUCAACUAACCGAAACGGAAUUAAUAUUACUAGUCCUCGAUGCAGAUAAAUCAAAUGACAUAUCAGGAGAAUUAAAGAUAAAUUUAGCAGACAUGGAUUUAUCGAAAUCUAAUGAAAUAUGGGGCGAUAUUAUUAAAGUUAAACGACAAGCAAUUGAUCGUCCUGAGCUUUUAAUAAGCUUAAACUAUCUUCCACAAGCUGCAAGACUUACACUCGUCGUUAUUAGAGCGAAAAAUUUGGAGAAUGAUGAACUUUUUGCGCGAAUUUACCUUAUUCAAAACGGAAAGCGUGUGAAGAAAAAGAAAACGGAAUUUUCAAAGAAAUCCUAUAAUGAGCAUAUUUGGAAUGAGGCGUUUACGUUCAAUCUACCAUCGUCGAAUUUCAAUAAUUCUGGACUUGAAAUUUACAUAUUGGAGAAUGGAAACAAUGAGCAGGACGCUGUAGGAAGCUGUGGAAUCGGCCUCGAUGACAGUAUUGGAAAAGAUGACACAUUAGGGAGGGAUCAUUGGAAAGAAAUGAUGCACAAUCCAAGAAAGCCUAUAUCAAGAUGGCAUCCAAUAAUAACUCAAUAAUUAUAAUGAUAUUUAAUACACACUUUUGCACUGAUUUUUUGAAACUGAAUAGGUAUUCAUUUUUCUAUUGAAGCAAAAUUAAAAAUAUAACAAAAGAAACAAGACGAAAAAAGGAAGGUUGAAGGAAGUAAACUAAAACUAAACUAAAGAAAAAAAAAAUGUCUAAGUAAAUGAAAUUAAUAAGAAAUAAUAAGAGUAACUAAUUGUCGACAAAUCAUUGGUCUAAUUUAAUAAUAAUUUAAAGAUAAUGUAAUAACGAAAUUGGAACUAUAUUAGUAUUAAAUUUCUAUUAAGAAAGUCUAUAUACAUUUAAUAUAUUUAGUACCUUUUACCGAGAGCUCAUUAAAUGACGGAAUCUAAUUGAGGAAAUUUUUAAUAAAAUAUUCGAAGGAUGGGAAUUAACUUAUUAGAAAUGAGGGUUACUUUUUUUUCAUCUAAGAAAUUGAAUCGUUCAUUUGUGACGUUUAGAAUUUAACAGGGGAUGAUAAUUCGAGCUUUGUGACACUUUUUAAACAGUAUUGACGUAAGGAUGUGAAUUUUAUGACAGUCAAGUUUGUGAAACUGUUAAAAAAAUAUUAAAUUUUUAAAAAACCAUAAAUUUUGAAUUCUUGAAACCCGUUAAAAUUUGAAUUUUUGAGACCCGUUAAAAAUGUGACUGUUUUGGAUACAUAAAUGUUUUUUGGGUUUGUCCUAGGAGAGUUCUUAACUGAAUUUUAUGUCAAAUGGGAUGAAAUUUGGGAUUUUAAAAAUAAACGUCAUUUGUGAACGACGCUUAAUAUAUUUUGAUUCUGAACCCUAAACUUUAUUAAGCAACUGAGGAAAUUUAAUUAAUGUACUUUUAAAACUCUACAAGGAAAUCAACAAAUGUCUUAUGCAUUUUUCAUUAAAGAUGAAAAACAAAAAUAUGUGAAAAAGUAAAAAGAAAAGAGAAUAUAUUAAAUUAUAAGAGAUGAAUCUAUCUAUAGAUGUAUGGAACAUAAUAUUUGAGAUGCUAAAUUUUAUGUCAUGACAAUGAAAACAAAAAAAGUAUAUCUGUAUGCUUAAAUAUACCACUACUUACUAAUUAAUUAUUUUUUAU